AUGGAAGAAGCGGACAGGCUCUGGCAAGGAGCCUUUUCUAAGGGAGCCGGCCAAAAUAAAGCCGAUAAUCUCGACGGGAACACGCAAGCACGAAAGGUACUCUUUGCUUUUGCGGACGAGACGUGUUUGGAGCACAUGGUCGAGGAAAAGUACCCAAGCAAAUUCGACAAGAAAAAUCAGGGGACUCUCAAUGCCCAUGUUUCUUUUCCUUUAUCAUUUCACCAUUAUCAGACUCUUAGUUUCUUGCUCUCUCCUUCCAGAGGGGCCUUUGUUGGCGCAAGGGUGGUGUGGGCGUACGAGGCGUACGAGGCGUACGUUUAUCAUGUCGCCGAGUUCAUUCGAUUUCGACGAGAUGUGGUCUGA